AUGGCUCCUUAUGAAUUGCUAUACGGGAGGAAAUGUAGGACUCCUGUAUGUUGGGGUGAAGUUGGACAAAGAGAGCUUGCGCCAAGUGAUUUAAUAACAACGACAAAUGAAAAGAUUGAUUUGAUUAGAGCUCGACUGAAAGCAGCCCAGGAUCGGCAAAAAGCCUAUGCAGACAAGAGAAGGCGACCUAUCGAGUUUCAAGUUGGAGACUAUGUUCUGUUGAAAGUAUCUCCAUGGAAGGGUAUAAUCCGUUUCCGCAAACGGGGUAAGCUAGGUCCUCGCUAUAUUGGACCGUUUAAAAUUUUGGCUCGAGUUGGAAAGGUAGCAUAUCGUUUAGAAUUACCGCCUACACUAGACGGGAUUCACAAUACCUUCCACGUAUCGCAAUUAAGGAAGUGUCUUGCGGAUGAAGCUGCGCUAGUACCUCUCGACGACAUUGAGUUGGACGAGGGGUUAAAAUAUGUCGAAAGACCGAUAGCCAUUAAAGACGUUAAAGUGAAGAAUCUUUGUAACAAGACCGUUAGACAAGUGUUGGUCCAAUGGCAACACCGAAAGGGGUCGGAACUUACAUGGGAAACGAAAGAUGAAAUGAGGAAGCACUACCCUUUUCUAUUCGGCGUGAAGGAAGAAGGUACAAGCACUAGGAAAACGGAAGGCACGCAAGAUCGAGAUACAUUGAUUUACGGUGGUUAA